AUGGAUCCAACCCCAGUAACGGACUUCAUCCACGACACCUUCGACUUCAUCAUCGUCGGCGGAGGCACCGCAGGCCUUGUCCUCGCUGCUCGUCUAUCCGAAGAUCCCAACAUUCGCGUUGGAGUCAUCGAAGCCGGGCUCUCGCGACUAGGUGAUCCGAAGGUGGACACACCUACCGGAAUGGCCAUGGCCCUGAAAGAUCCAGAGUACGACUGGUGCUUCCAGACUUCACCACAGAGCGGCGCAAACAACAAAACCUACGCCACCCAUCGCGGCAAAAUGCUCGGUGGUUCCAGUGGCUUCAACUUCAUGAUGUCCGGGCGACCCACGGAGGAAGAGAUAAACGACUGGGGCAAGGCCACGGGAGUAAAAGGGUGGGAGUGGUCUGAUUUACUGCCGUAUAUCAAGAAGCAUGAGAGGUUAGAGGUGGAUCAGCCGAAUAUUAUGUCCCGGGAUACAAAUAUCUGUCCGCUAGAACCUGGUCUACAUGGGACUGAUGGACCGAUUCACCAUUCGUUUGGGACUUGGCACCCGCCGUUUGAGAAGGUUCUCAUACCUGCUCUUGACACUGUCUCGGGAUUAUCGCGACCAGAGAAUCCAUAUGCGGGAAACCACCUGGGGUUCUAUCGCACGCUGUUCACGAUCGAUCGCACCGGCAAACCAGUACGCAGCUACGCUGCGAGCGGAUACCUAGCUCCGAACGCCGGUCGUUCGAAUUUACGGGUCCUGACAGACGCGCUCGUAUGCAAGGUCACGCUCGGGACGAACGAGCACAGCGAACGUCAGGCGACGGGCGUGGAAUUCCUGCAUCAGGGGACGUCGUAUACCGUGCGUCCACGCAAGGAAGUCAUCCUCAGCGCAGGCACAGUACAGAGUCCACAGCUCCUAGAGUUAUCAGGGAUAGGCGACCCGAAUGUCCUAGGCCGGAUCGGCAUCCCCUGCAUCGUUCCGAACAUGGACGUGGGAAAUAAUCUCCAAGAGCAGGCGCUGUGCUCCGUCGUGUAUGAACUAGCACCGGGUUAUACCUCUGUCGACUCGCUACUCCGUUAUCAUGCUGUCUUCGCGGAACACCAGAAACUAUAUGAAGAGGAACACACCGGUGUAUUGUCCGGACCGUUAAGUAUAACGGGCUACACACCCUACGCGACACAGGUUGAGAAAGAGGACCUCGAGAAAACUGUCGCCUGUUUCCUCGAUCCCAAGAACGCGUCCACGAAACAGGACACUGUCCUCCAGAAUAAACAACGGAAGAUCAUCGCAGCACGUAUCCAGGACCCUACCUGUCCCUGUAUUCAGUACAUGUGCGCGCCCGAGAACUUCGAUACGGCCCGCGCGGUUGAUAACCUCGGCGCAGUCAUGCCCGGUCCGCCGUCUGGGUUUAAUGACUGCUACUCUAUCACGACGAGCCAGAUGCAUCCUGUGUCUCGGGGCCGGGUGCACGUUGUAUCGGAUGAUCUGAAGCAAGCUCCAGAUAUUAGUCCGGGGCUGUUGGCUCAUCCGGCUGAUGUGGAUGUGCUUGCUGCGGGGGUUAAGUUUGCUGAUAGGGUGUUUCGGUCGGGGUUGAUUGGGGAUAAAGUUGCGAGGAGGGUGAGACCGGAUCCGGGGGUGGAUGUUGGUGUCAGGGAUCAAGCGAAGGAUUUUGUGAGGGAGAAUGCGGUUCCAUUUCAGCAUUUGGUUGGAACGUGUGCUUUGGGGAUGGUGGUGGAUGAGAGGUUGAGGGUGAAGAGGGUCAAGGGUUUGAGGGUUGUUGAUGCGAGUGUUGUGCCUAUGAUGGUGAGUCCGUCGUUGGCGGCGGUGGUGUAUGCUGUUGCUGAGAAGGCGGCGGAUUUGGUGAAGGAAGAUUGGGGGUUGGUUAAUGAGUAG